AUUCGUUGCGUGCCAGUGAUUACAAAAUGCCGUCAGAGUCUAAACCUUUGUUGACAGCUCAGACGGAAAAGCCAAAUCAUUACUCAUACUUGAAAGAAUUUCGCGUCGAGCAAUGCCCGCUAUUCCUACAACACAAAUGUACACAGCAUCGUCCCUUCACCUGUUUUCAUUGGCAUUUUAUGAAUCAAAGACGCAGGAGACCUGUAAGACGUAGGGAUGGAACGUUUAAUUAUAGUGCAGACAAUUAUUGUACGAAAUACGAUGAAACAACAGGCAUUUGUCCCGAUGGAGACGAUUGUCCCUUUCUUCAUAGAACUGCAGGAGAUACAGAAAGAAGAUAUCACUUAAGGUAUUAUAAAACAUGUAUGUGUGUUCAUGACACUGAUUCUAGAGGAUACUGUGUAAAAAAUGGAUUACAUUGUGCAUUUGCUCAUGGUAGUCAUGAUCAUAGACCUCCCGUUUAUGAUAUUAAAGAAAUACAAGCCUUAGAAGCAGCAGAAGCUGAUGGUAGUGGUACUUCAAAUGGCCCUAAUGCCCUAGACAAAGAAAGAAAUUUAAUGAACGAAGAUCCCAAGUGGCAAGACACAAAUUAUGUUUUAUCAAAUUACAAAACAGAACCCUGCAAAAGACCUCCUAGAUUGUGCAGACAAGGCUAUGCAUGUCCACAAUAUCACAAUAGUAAAGAUAAAAGGAGGAGUCCUAGGAAAUUUAAAUAUAGAUCAACACCAUGUCCAAAUGUAAAACAUGGUGAAGAAUGGGGAGAACCAGGUAAUUGUGAUGCUGGAGAUAUGUGCUCGUAUUGUCACACUAGAACAGAGCAACAGUUUCAUCCAGAAAUAUACAAAAGUACUAAAUGUAAUGAUGUGCAGCAAUCUGGUUAUUGUCCAAGAGGAGUAUUUUGUGCUUUUGCCCAUGUUGAACAAGAAUUGGGAGUAUCGCGCGAUUCAGCUGAUGCGUCAGGCACAAAUCUAGGAGAAAUAUUAUCAAAUGUUCUUCCUUCCUCAAAUUCUGAUAUUAAAAUAAAGGAGAAGAGUAGUGAAAGUUCAAAUGGCAGUAGUGAAGUUAGUGAAUCAGCUUCAUCAACAUCAUCAAUAGGUUCGAAUAGCUGUAGCAGUAAUAAAGCUCCAGGAGCACAAUUAACGCAUAAAAGUUUACCUUUUCAAAGACACUCUACACUAGGUUUAGAACUUACCAAUAAGUUAUUAGCAAUUGAAAAAGAUCCUAAUUUAGAUCCAAUUGAAAGGGAACAAAGGAAACAAACACUUUGUUUUGCAUACAGUAGUCUAGGAGGUCCAUUUUUCAGUACAGGAAAUGAUACUGUCGAAAGUGUAGUAGGUAAUGCGUUAGAUGAGCUAAAUUUAGAUGACCUGAAUCUUACAGGCGCAUUGGAUAGGGAAUUGGACACUGAUUCUCCCACGGUUCCUAGUUCAAUUUCUGUUGGUUUAACUUCAUCAGGUUUAUUAGGCAGCUCAGCUCCGGUAAAUAUUCCCAGUUCAGCCUCAAGAGGUUUGACGAGUUUCAGCCCUGGCAGUAGCCCGAUGGCGCCAUUUCUAUCUGCUGCUCGAUUUUCGCAUCCCGAUCAUAUGGAUUUUCUCAAUCACAGUCAAAUGCAACUGAGUAGUAGCGCUUCGAAAAUAAAUAGUUUUUCUGGGUUUUUCGACUUUCAAACGCAAAGCAUAUCACCGUCAAAUUCUAGGAAUCAUAAUAACUUUAGUAUGUCUCCGAAUAUGAGUAAUAACUUGGAAGUUGUAAGGUUACGAGAUGAGCUUACCCAAGCUAGACUGCAACUAAACAAUUGGGAAGACCGUUUGCAACAGGCGCGGUCGGCUUGCGACGCCUGGCAACGAGAGACUGAAGAAUCUAACCGCAAGUUCAAACAAUUAGAAAAUAAAUUUCAGGACACUGUUAGUCAAUACACCACGCUAAAACAAGAAUACGACCAAUUGCAAGAGGGUCCGCAUAUAAGAAGAAUAACGAAAGUGUCCGAAUUAAGUAAAUUGUCUCUUAGCGUGUUAAAGACUUUGCACGCCCAAAUUAGGCAAGACCUAGAGGAAAUAGAAAAAGUGUUGUAUAGGGAAACGGCAUCUAAAUGUAUGGUAUGCGAAGAAAGAAAUAGGACUGUAACGUUGAAUUGUAAUCACUUUGUGUUGUGCGAUACAUGCGCGAACACUCAGACCGAAUGCCCCUACUGUCAAACUCCAAAUAAUCUAGUUAGUAAUAUGUGAAUAAUUUGACAUUAGGUAUGUAACCGGUCUUACUGAUUGAACAUUUUCGACAGCUUUUUUAAAGUAUACUUGGGUUAUAUAAAUUAACAUGUAUACUAGAUAUCUUGAAGCAAAAGAAUACAUUAUGACAAUUUGUUACCAAAGUAUACAGAAGCGACGAUAAGCAUCGGCUCCUUUGAAGUAAGUCUCCCAAAUGUUUUGACCUUAAAGUCACAUAAUUUGACAACUAAACUCACCUGUGAGCUGAAAAGAAUGUCUAGAAUUUUAUGGACAUUAAAUACACUCAUAGAAAUGUUUUUUUUAUUGUAAAUCUUUAUUUUUUACUGAAUUUAAUAAAUCAAAUACAAUACAAUGUAAAAUACCAUUACAAAUAUGAUUACAGAGGACAAAGUGGGAAAUACAAAAAAACGGCGUCGGCGAUGGCUAUGAAAUAAACAUCCCUGUCUUUUUUAUAUGUAAAAUUAUAUGUGGGAAAUGUUCUCAAUAUUGAUUUCCAAGCCAACCAAGCUUCUGUCCUAUUGGUGUUUUUUUGCGCCCUGGUUUAAAAUAUAUCAUACAUCUUAUUACAGAACUUAUAUUUCAUGCUUGUUUCAUCUUAUCAACUGAGUUUAAAGUCUAAAAGUAAUUUGUAAAUGAGCUGUUUAGUCUGUCAAACCGUUCAAGUUUUUUUGCAAGAAAAAAAGAUUGAAUGACAUAUAAUUGACAAACGAACCAGAAAUACCAGCCUUUUUAUGCUGGUUAACUUAGUAACAGUAAUGACAAAUAUAUUUGAGGAACCGUGUUCCGUAAUAAUAAAAAUUUUAGACAAAACAUUAGCCUGAUUAUGCCUAAAAAUAUGACAAACCGAAAAUUGACGAGUCGCCUCUGUAUAGUCCUUGUGGUUGAGUUAAAAGAUGCACAAAGAUGCAAGAGUUACAUUCUAUGAUGACCCAGAUAUAUGACAAACCUUAUAAUCUAGUGGUAUAUGCGUUAAGUUAUAUAACCUAAGAAACAAUAUGGUAUUAAUAUGUGGUACAAAUGAACUACUAAAACAAAUUGAAAAUCGAUAACCAGUAAGACCGAUUGCAGAUAUUUAACAAAUUUAUUAAGCAAAUAGUGUUAACUCUUUAUAUUUUUCUUUAUUGAAGCAAAUUUCUAUGACAAUUAAUAGAGUCGUCUAUUACUUAGCUACAAGUGUAAGUAAUUGGUAUAUUUUUCUGUUUCGAGACCAAGGAAUUGUGGCAGAAUAAAUGACUUGAAUGAUCCAUGUUAAAGAUGGACGUAAAAUACUGUUUUUUGAAUAUGCGUUUCGUCAGUGUAUAUACUAAUUAUUAAAGUAAUAUAAGGCUAUAAAAUUCAAACCACAAAAGAAUAUUUAGAUUCUAAAAUUAAGGUAGAUGUUAAAUACCUAAUCAAAGCAAUUUUUAAUGUGGAUUAUUACACACAUACAUUUAAUUAGACUAUUAGGGACUUUUUCUUUGUUUUUUUUUUGCUGCACUUUCACAUAUCAAUAGAAUAGAAAAUAAAUUUUUAUUUUAAUAAAUGAGAACAAAGAAAAGUAACUUAAAAAAUUGAAACCUAAAAGGUUUUUCAAUCGUAUUUUAUAGAAGUGCAGCAACGCUGAAAUCUGUAUAUAUUUGACUGAUUUGGUUUUAUUUUUCACUUUAUAAAUGAGGAAUCAUUUAAAAUUUCCUUUUAAAAUUAUUUUUAUUGCAUACAUUCCAGGUCUCUCUAGUACCGUUAAAAAGUAAAUAUAUUGUAUAUAAAAAAAUAUCUAUUUGAAACAUGGUUUGAAAAAAUUACGUUUUGCCUGGGUUAAUAUACAAGGUUGUUCAUAAAGUCCUCCACAGUUGGUGUAUUUUUGCUAAUUAAUUAUUUGAUCUUUUUGUCACAUUAUUUAACCGCAGAAAAUGAUGCAUUGUUUCUCAAAAUUUUCAGAUAUAUCAGAAAGGAAAGUGUGAUUUAUAAAAUUAUAUUUUUUUACGUUCAGUUUCCUUUUAUACAGAUGCGCCAAAAAGUUCACAUCAUGAGAUAAUUAUUGAGUUUUUCAGCAAAAUAAUGUAAAAACUGAGUGAAAAACUCUAAUAAAAUGUAUAAUAUACCAUGACCUAUAUGCAUAUAAAAUAAUAUGCACCUAGCUCAUGUUUCAGCUGGCAUGAUAUUUAUUUACAAAAAU